GCACCAUUUUAGCAGGAGCCACUCCGCCACCUAAUUACCUAAACGAUAUAAAUACCGAGCAUCGAUACCCUCCUCUCUUCUUCUUCUCGUAGAGCUCCGCCUUCUUCUCUCCUCCGCUGCUGCAACCCAGUCGUCUCGGCCGCAGGAGAUUGUUUUGAAAAGGUGCAAUGGCUGACAUGUAUCAAUUCCCCACAGUUGCUCAGAAGGUCGCUUACCAGCUCCAUCUGAGCUCGAGUACUAAGCAUCAGGAUGGUCAAGCUCUCUAUGGGGGGUAUCGAAGGCCUGUUCUCAACCAGAGAGGUUUCACCCAUGGAAACACUCAGCCAUGCAAAGCCUCCCAAGAUCUGUCACUGAUCACUGCAAAUGCUUCGCCCGUGUUUGUUCAGGCUCCUUCUGAAAAAGGACCUGCUGGCUUUGUCAUUGAUUUCUUCAUGGGUGGAGUUUCAGCUGCGGUAUCCAAGACUGCUGCAGCACCAAUUGAGCGCAUCAAGCUUUUGAUCCAAAACCAGGAUGAGAUGAUUAAGGCUGGAAGACUUUCUGAACCUUACAAGGGAAUUGGUGACUGUUUCAGUCGAACUGUUAAGGAUGAAGGAAUCAUGUCAUUGUGGAGAGGAAACACAGCCAAUGUCAUCCGUUACUUCCCCACUCAGGCAUUGAACUUUGCAUUCAAAGAUUAUUUCAAGAGGCUUUUCAACUUCAAGAAGGACCGUGAUGGUUACUGGAAAUGGUUUGCUGGCAACCUUGCAUCAGGUGGUGCUGCCGGUGCUUCCUCAUUACUCUUUGUUUACUCUUUGGACUAUGCACGUACCCGUCUAGCUAAUGAUUCCAAAGCUGCUAAGAAGGGAGGUGAAAGGCAGUUCAAUGGCUUGAUUGAUGUCUACAAAAAGACAUUUGCUUCAGAUGGCAUUGCUGGACUCUACCGUGGUUUUAACAUUUCAUGUGUUGGUAUCAUUGUGUAUCGUGGGUUGUACUUUGGAUUGUACGACUCUAUUAAGCCCGUCGUCUUGACUGGAAAGCUAGAGGAUAGUUUCUUUGCUAGCUUUGCGCUGGGAUGGGUCAUCACGAACGGCGCAGGCCUUGCCUCCUACCCAAUUGACACGGUCCGUAGAAGAAUGAUGAUGACGUCCGGGGAGGCUGUCAAGUACAAGAGCUCUCUCGAUGCCUUCUCCCAGAUCCUCAAAAACGAAGGCGCCAAAUCCCUCUUCAAGGGGGCCGGUGCCAACAUCCUUCGCGCCGUUGCUGGGGCCGGUGUGUUGGCCGGCUACGACAAGCUUCAGGUGAUCGUUUUUGGUAAGAAGUACGGGUCCAGUGGUGCGUAAGGUGGGGACCGUCUUCUUCGUUUUAGUAUGAUGCUAUAUGGUGACGAAAAUUCCGGGGGGUCACGGUUUGAGAAUUCAUUCAGCAGCAUUUGAAUAAUUUGAUUUUAGAGAGGGUCUGAGGCCAAAACUUUGCUCUGCUCUUUUGAAGAGGGGUUUUUUGUUUUCGUUUUUUGUUUUGCUUAGAGUGACGAAAAGGUCACAAGAUUCUUAUUAUUGACUCGUUUAAUUUAUGUUUUCUACUUGGGAUUUUAUCAGUACUCUAUAAUCGUAUUCGUGUUUCUCUUUGUUUCAUUUCUGUGGUAUG